AUGCAUCUGCUUACCUUGAAUAUCACUGAGCUGGUCAUCGGCUUGUUUCGGGGCAAACUGGGGCGAUCAACUGAGACGGAUCCUUUGGCUGACUGGGACUGGGCGUGCUUGUCGGGCGACGCUGCUUGGCAGGCUCAUGGGAAGCUGGUUGCUGAGGCAUCUCUCUAUCUCCCUGGCUCUUUUGAUCGCCCGCCGCGUAACCCUGCAGAGAAGAUCUCGAGUGGCUACAAGGCCUGGGAAUUCAUGUAUUACUUCUAUGGGCUUCUACCUGGUCUGCUGUGGGCGAUCCAAAAACCGAAGUAUUAUAGCCAUUUUUGCAAGCUUGUCGCAGGGGCUCGGGUCGCGCUGCUUCUCGAGACCCCUGUGGAGCGUCGGGGACCCGCACACAAUCUUCUAGUCGAAUACGUUGAAGAGUUCGAGCUAAACUUCUAUGCGCGACGUGUGGAUCGUCUCCACUUCUGUCGCCAAGCCUUGCAUGCCCUUGUCCACCUCAUGCCGGAGAAUGUCCGUGUGGGACCUGCCUGGUUACAUUCACAGUGGGCUCUCGAAAACGCUAUUGGAAAUCUAACUGCGGAGAUAGGCUCUCAUUCCAAACCGUACGAAAACUUGUCAUUCCGUGGACUCCGGCGCGCGCAAAUCAGCGCCCUGGUAGCCAUGUUCCCCGAGGCUUUAGAGGAGCCCGUGCACCUGCCCGCCGGGGCUGUGGAUCUCGGUGACCAAUACGUUCUCCUCCAUCCCACUGCGCGCACUCCCAAACUGAUCUCUGAAGCCGAGGCCGUUGUACUGCACACCUUUCUCAACGCUCAGGCCGUUCGGGUGCCCCAGGACUGGCAGCCUCGUGUCGCCAAGUGGGGACGUUUACGUCUCCCCAACGGGCAAGUUGCACGCACUGCCUGGAAGGAGAAGGAGGGUGAGAGGCGCGGUCGCCCAGUGCAUCGCUCGCGCAUGAGCUUAAUCUUACUGAAUAAUAUGAAUGUCCAGCUUACAGACAAUCGUAUCGCGGAGGUCCAGUAUUUUUUUAGGUUGAAAAAGAUGCGAGACGAUGGCGGCACGGACGACGUUGAUCUCACUUUGGCCAUGGUGUCGAUGUUUACGCCCCCGGACCCUGCUAUUGUGCGUGAGUCACAUGGCGCACUCAUCGCCUGUCGUUAUCGAGGAGACGAGUCUCGCGAGGUCGUUGAUGCCAAGGACAUCAAGUCAGUAGUCGCUAUGGUACCUCUCCCUCCCCGUCGCGAGGAAGCUGAAGAUCCGCACGCCGCCGAGCUGUAUUCCAAUCGUUUCUUUGUUAUGGACAGGCUGGGGUUCGACAUAACCUGGAUCGGGCGCGAGCAGACCAUCACCGACAACGAUGGAUCAGCAGGAGACGAAUGA